CUCGGUAGGAGGCAUAUUAGCAUUCAGACAAAUUCGUUGUUUCGCUGUGGAAUUGUGGUUUUCCAGUUGUAUUGUCACGCGCUUCACGUCGACUCCAAGCCCAUAUCACUCCACACCAUAUACAACACAGUAGGCUCCAGGUUGUUGAGGGAUUAGUAUCUAGUUGAUUGCGCAGGUAUCGCGGUAUCCGGUUGCUUCGCAUUCGUGACCCCUUGAAAAGGAUCACUCCGAUCGAAGGAAACCAGCCAUGAUCUGAAAGGAACCCCCGUCUGCAUAGUGCCAGGUUAUAUAAUGUUUAAGCCUUUCGUUCGGAUUUUGCUAAAAGUGCUAGAGCUCUGUGGAUGUAUAGCAUGUGUGAUCACCAAGGUCUUAACGGACCAGGAAGCCCGACGAGUGGCAAUCCGGAAUCAGAAAUACUCGAUGGAGUGGGCCCUCCUGACUAAUGUUACUUGGUCACGUGAAGGAAGUGCUUUUGCAAGUAUCACCUAUGGCGGCUUCACGUUAAUAACUUCAUUGCUUCUGAUCGCCAGGAUAAUAAAUUCGAAAUCGAGACCAUCUUCAACAGAAAAAGUAUUUUUGACAGUUGGAAUGCUAUUCUUUAUCGCGAUGGGAGGAUUAGUUCUCGCGUCGCUUGAACAGGUCCCUCAGGAGCUUCACGACAACGCCAUAAUAUUGGGUACACUUUCAUUUUUGGUAGCACUGUUGUUUCUAAUUGAUUUGGCCGACCCAACUGCCCGUUAUACCUCAACAUUCGCCCAAACUGAACAAAUAGUCCAUAGUCAAAAUUCAACUCAAACUCAGAUGCACAACCAGCGAGAAUUCAAAGAGCUCAACAUCCCCAACUUGCGAAUGGAUACUACACCGAUCCCAUCCCCUGAUUCUGAAGUCGUCCCACCAAACGGCAACUAUUUUUCAGGUGAACAAGUAGAUGUUGUCCAUACAAAGACUGUACCUAAAGCUCAACAUCCCAUCUUUGCAAAAAUUCUCAUGCCAGAGAAGACACGCCCCUUUAAAAGGCAAGUUUCCGAACCACAAAGACUGAUCAAUUUGGUGGACGAAGAGGAGGACCCCGGGUGUGCUCAAGGAAUGACGUACAUGGUUAAUCGAAGUUUUCGCAGUGAACGAAUGCAAAAUGAGUGUCCUAGUGAUGAGGAUAAUUUGGACAAGCCAAUGAAACAAGGAUUCGUGGCACAUGCGGCGCGAAUGUGGGAAAAGCGGACUAGGCGCAAUAGAGAGCAGCCUCUGGAGUUGUCAACAAUCGUGUAAAAAGUGCUUAUACAACCAUGAGGAUAAGUUUUAGCUUUAUCAGUUUUAGAGGUUUUUCGUUGAGUGAAAAUUAUUUCUAAAAAUUGAAAUUAAGGAAGACAGAACAAAGGGGUCAAUCAGAGAGGUGCAUUUCCACACGGUGAUAUGACCAAUAAAUUGUCAUUGUAAAAUAAUGUUAAA